UGAAUAUUGAAGGUUUUUAUGUGCGGUCUAUCUGAAGGUUGCGGUGCGUAGUUCGUUCUUCAUGACAUAAACCUCAGGUGUGCGUGAAGCAUGCAGUUCUAUGUAACAUUUGUGGCUGUGUUAAUCAUCCACAAUGCAUUGGGAGCUUAUGAGGACACCCGGUGUAAAUGUGUCUGUUUGCUUCCAGCCUCUGUCACUAAUGAAACAAAGUCUACGAAGAAAAUAUUUGUUAAAGCGAUUUCUUCAGAAAAAUGCACUUGUGAAUAUAUGUUACAAAAUGACAAACGUUUUUGUCCUUUUUGUGAGUGCAAAUUCCAAGUUCGAAAUACUACGACAAUCAAGGUUGUAGUUUGCUUUAUUCUGACAAUUAUUUCAGCAUUGAUUCUAUACAUGCUAUUUCUACUACUUCUUGAACCACUCUUGUCAACAAGACGUUUAGGGCAUAAAACAAUGGUUAAUAUUGGAAUGUGUUCAGAAUCGCAUCAGACUGUAAGCUCUACUGUAGAACAAGAUAAUAUUGGUAAGGCUGGUGAUGUGAGAUCAUCAAAUUCAUGGAGUACAAUGAAUAAUAUGCCUGUAACUACUACUAGUAGUAGCAGUAGUGGAGUUGGCGAUAAUUCAUCAUUUUCAUCAAAAGCAUUUGAUAAGGCGGUGAUUUGGAAUAAGUCUCAACUGAACUCUGAACAAUUGAUCAAUUCAAAUUUGAGAAUAAUUACAGCUCCAUCGAGUCGUGGACGAGUACGUCAUCGUACUGCUGGUUCAUUACAUGAUCAACAACUUGACGAUUCAAAUUCAUUACAUCUUACUCCAAUUCCAAGUACAUCUGUUGGAAUGUCAAAUGUAGUGAAUCGUGUUCGUGAUCAACAACAACGUUGGAAAGGAAAUGUUGAAGCCCAACGUGCUCGUGUAUUCAGUGAACGCAGUUUAUUGAAUUAAUAAUUCAUCUGAAUUAUUCCGUUGAUUAUUCAUACACCUAUAUAAUAUAUCUAUAUCUAUAUAUUUUAUUAUGUGCAUUUCUUUCCAUUAUUCAAAUGAUUUUCCAAUCUACCUGCCUACCUACCCAUCUCUCUAUCUAUCUAUCCAUCUAUCUACCAUGUGAUAAUUUGUUAAAGCCAUAGACAGAAAAUUGUACGGUUGGUUAACAGUGCUGUGUUUUGUAUUUGCUGAGUUAACUUUGAUGCUGUCGAUUUUGUCUUUUAUUUUUAUGUAUGUCUGUGUUCGUCAUCUUCGUCUCCCCUGUAAUCAAAGGUGAAUGAAGAGAAACAGAAAAAAAAUCAUUUCCUUUCAUCUUAUCAAAUUUCUUUGUUUUUUUUUAAUUUAUCAUACAUACUACUUAGUUUCUUCUUUAAAGAAUAUAUAUAGACUUCAGUUAUAUGUUGAAAUUGCUUUAUUCUAUUAAUCUCACACAGCGUAAUAUACAGUUUUAUUUCAGGUUUCUAAGGUGGAUAAACUUCAUUCGAUUUGGUUAUUUUUUUUUUAAAUUAUUUUUUUAAAUGUGUUCCAUUUUCACUUGCCUAAAGGUAAGACUGAAGAUAA